GUCGUCCCCUACAUCCUACCCUCUCGCAACGCCAGAUCCCAGGCGUCGCACAUCGAUACAUCAUGGCUAGCUCAUCCUCGUCUACGCCCCCGGUGAUGCCGCCGGCCAACGCCGACCUGGCGACGACAUGGGCGUACCUCGAGGAGGGCGUCGACCACAUUAUGACCAAGCUGCAGACAGGCGUAUCGUAUUCGAAGUACAUGAGCCUAUACACGGUGUCGUACAACUACUGCACGUCGUCUAAGAUGCACGGCGCAGGCGAGCAGGCGGGCCUCGGUCAUCGUACUGGAGCUAAUCUGAUGGGAUCCGAUUUGUACAACAAUCUCAUACGCUAUUUCGUCAACCAUCUGAAGACGCUGCGCACGCAAUCGGACGCAUUGCAAGACGAACCAUUACUCCGAUAUUACGCACAGGAGUGGGAUCGGUACACCACCGGCGCAAACUACAUCAAUAGAUUGUUCACGUACUUGAAUCGGCACUGGGUGAAGCGUGAGCGAGAUGAGGGGCGAAAGGGCGUGUAUCCGGUCUACACUCUUGCACUGGUCCAGUGGAAGACGAACUUCUUCCUCCAUGUGCAGAGCAAGGGCCAGAAGCUUGCGGGCGCGAUCCUUCGCCUGAUUGAGCGACAACGAAAUGGCGAAACAAUUGAUCAAACGCUGGUCAAGAAGGUGGUGGAUUCGUUCGUCUCGCUCGGUCUCGACGAAGGAGACAUCAACAAGGUGUCGUACGAGAUUUACAAGGAGCACUUUGAAGUCCCUUUCCUCGAAGCUACCGAGAGAUACUACCGCCAGGAAUCAGAGGCAUUCCUUGCGGAGAACACUGUAGCGGAUUACCUCAAGAAGGCUGAGGAGCGCCUACGCGAGGAGGAGGAUCGUGUCGAGCGAUACCUGAAUACCAAUACGCGCAAAGGCCUGAUCAGCAAAUGCGAGCAUGUCUUGAUUCGCGAGCACGCUGAACUUAUGUGGGACAACUUUCAAGAAUUGCUUGACUACGAUAAGGAUGCAGACUUGCAGCGCAUGUACGCCCUCCUUGCGCGCAUCCCCGAGGGCCUGGAGCCUCUGCGGAAGCGUUUCGAGGAGCACGUUAAGCGUUCUGGCCUCGCGUCGGUGUCGAAGCUUGUCGGUGAGGGUGGCGGCGCCGCGGCGGAGAACAUCGAACCUAAGGCCUAUGUCGAUGCCCUCCUUGAGGUGCACCAGAAGAACUCGGAGACGGUCACACGCAGCUUCCGUGGGGAAGCAGGCUUCGUCGCCAGUCUCGACAAGGCCUGCAGAGAGUUUGUCAACCGCAACACUGCCACUGGAACGUCAACAACGAAGUCGCCCGAGUUGUUGGCGAAGCACGCAGACGCCCUGCUCCGCAAAAAUAAUAAGAUGGCCGAGGAGGAGGAUUUGGAGAGCGCUCUUAACAAAGUGAUGGUCAUCUUCAAGUACAUCGACGAUAAGGAUGUUUUCCAGACGUACUACACCACGAAGUUAUCCAAGCGUCUCAUUCACGGUGUAUCGGCAUCGGAUGAGGCUGAGGCGAGCAUGAUCUCCAAGCUCAAGGAGGCAUGCGGUUUCGAAUACACGAACAAGCUGCAGCGCAUGUUCACUGACAUGAGCCUGAGUAAGGAUCUCACUGAUCAGUUCAAGGAGCGCAUGCAGCAGAAUGGUGAGGACUCCGACCUGAACUUCACCAUCAUGGUGCUCGGCACGAAUUUCUGGCCGAUCACCGCCACGAACAACGAAUACAUCAUCCCGGCGGACAUCCUGCCCACGUAUGAGAAGUUCACGAAGUACUACCAGCAGAAGCACUCUGGGCGUAAGCUCACCUGGCUCUGGAACUAUUCGAAGAACGAGCUCCGGACGAACUACACGAACUCGAAGUACAUCCUCAUGACGAGCUCGUGGCAGAUGGCGGUCCUGCUCCAAUACAAUGACAACGAUACGCUCUCGUUUGAAGAACUGGCCACAGCAACAGCUAUUUCGAAGGACUACUUGAAGCAGGUCCUGGCCGUGCUAGUGAAGGCCAAGAUUCUCAUUAACGAUGAGCAGGAUCAGUAUGAUUUGAACCCUAGCUUCAAGUCAAAGAAGAUCCGUAUCAACCUGAAUGCACCUAUCAAGGCUGAGCAGAAGGCUGAAUCUGCAGACGUGUUGAAGAUUGUGGACGAGGAUCGCAAAUAUGUGAUUCAAGCUACGAUUGUUCGUAUCAUGAAAGCACGGAAGACGAUGAAGAACAAUUUACUUAUUCAAGAAGUGAUCUCGCAGAUCUCGCAGCGAUUCACGCCUAAGAUCCCGGACAUCAAGAAGGCGAUAGACCAUCUGCUAGAGAAGGAGUAUAUUGAGCGGGUGGAAGGUACUAGGGAUACCUUUGCUUACGUCGCGUAAUUUCCGGUUGUUCGUCGUGUCUGCUUUGCUUUGCCAUGUUUAUGCCUCGAGUUUGUCCUACCCAUCCUGAAUUGUACAUUGUAGCGUAUUGGUACAUAUCAACUAGCAUGUCUUGAUCCUCGUAGACUGUCACCCAUUGCAUGCAUAGACUUGUGCUGUGUGAGUAGAGAAAUCAUAGUAUAUUACAUGACCA